AUGCGGUAUUCCGUGCAUUCGUGCGCUUCUCCGUUAAUAAUAAUAAAGAAAUUUGUUACUCUGUGUCCUCUGUGUCAUUUGUCAGAUUGCUAAGUAAGGUUAAGUACGUACGGGUUUGGAGUUUUAUGGAAUGACUCGUAAGCGGAGUACGGUCUUGAAAGCUAAUAAGGCAACUGAUGAGGAGAUGAAAGUGCUGAAAGUGAAUUCUUCGUAACAGUCGUGACUUGUUUUGAUUUCGAGAUUGUCGCAGCGUUGGAUAUGAAGAGACAAUGUUUCCGUUGAACGUUUAAGUUAUAAAUUGAUUGUGAUCUCUGGUACAAGUACUGCAACUGAUAUUAUGGUCUCUGCUCAUCACAGGUGGGAAACCAAGAUGUACUGUUGGGAUACAGAAUCUUCUUGAAAAUGCAAUUUCUAGACAAAAGCCAUGGAUAAGAAAGAAAGCCCAUCUCAAAUACAAAAGCAAAGCAGGAGAACAAAGAAGACUAUGGAAAGUUUGCAUCCAGAUCGAUCAUUAGAAAUGCAAGGCAGUUUAGAAUUUUUAGAAGGGAAAGACAUAAAUGAGGUCGGUGAGGAUAGUGAAGUUCAGGAGGACGUUCCAGAAUUGUCACAUCCACAGAAGAGGCGUUCUAGCAACAAAUCAUCUAGUAGCAGGUCACAUCGUAAAAAGGACAUUCCUAAGACUGUCAUCACAGCAGUACUGGAGGAACUGAAUGAUGACAUAAUAAGUGAACCUACUAGACUUGACACAGGUGACUGUUCAGUGGUGGAACCAGUUCCACAAGCUCCUGCUAGUCUACCCCCAGACAAGGUGUAUGUUGAGCGUAAGAAUGGGUUUGCUACGGCACCAAGAGUAAAAAUGUUCCGUCCGAUAAAUUACAUCAGAGAAGAUCUUGUUGAUGUGCAAAAUGCAGAGUCCUCUGGAACACCUCUUGAACUUGCCAUACUUGUCCAGAAGUGGUGCCAUCCACUCUACACACUAUGUCAUGGCUUGCUUGGUGGUAUGGCAUUGUUGCAUAUUAUUUUGGUGUAUGCUGCUGGGGACUCAUAUAACCAGGGUACCAACUUUGUGUACAUGUAUACACAUUAUGCCAGAGUAUACCAAUCUCUGUUCCACAUCUUGUGCAUUCUCUGCUCUGUGUCUGUACUGGACAGAUGUGAUGCCAAACAUAUGGAUGUUGGUCACCUGGUGGACUUGUUUAGAUAUCAUAUCACUACUGUUCUGAUCCUUGCUGUUUAUUUGAUUACACUUGUCCUGACUUUUGUAACCAUCAAGUGGGAUGACUGGCUGGCCCUUUCAUCAUACAGUGCCUCCGUUAAAAACAAUUCAGACACAGCAAAUGCACUGAAAGUAUGGGAGAAUCUGAAUCUGUUUCGCAGCAUUGGAGCUAUUUUAGGCUGGAUUCUGACUGCCUUCAGUACAGAUGAAGAUAUGCUAUACUUACACCUGUGCAACAUGCUGAAAUACCAGAGUGUAACUGCACCGAUACCAGCACGAUACUAGGCUUCAUUCAGUUCUGAUGGUUUGGUGGAGAUCAUAUAGUAGUAGGGGGGAAUACAUAUCUGAGUUAGCACUGUCUGCAUAAGUUCAGAUCAGGCAGUUUUGGUCUUGUUUGACUAAUACAGUACCUGAUAUAUUAAAUAGAAUGGUUAAAGAUUACUAUCUUCUGUGAUGUGAUGCCAUAUAGUCUAACAGAAAGUUACCAGUAUUUUGGAGGAAUUGGUGUCUCCUAGAUCCCCAUAGAUCUGAUUGCACUUCUGUCCUGAAGAGGGAGGCGGCAGAUGCAUGUGAAAUAUUUGUGAUUCUCAACUACACAUCACAUGCCAGAAGACAGUAAUCUUCAUAUCUACUGCUGGGAGAAUAUAAAGUGUCACAUGCUGUGUAGAAUAGGUCACACUACAUUCACUGAAAGUCAUAAAUCCCAGAUCUUGCAAGGCAAUGUUAAAUUUUAGCUUUGGAACAUCAUCAUCCUAAAAGAGUUCAUAGAAACUGCGCAGUUCAGGCUACCACAGUGUACUGGAUCAAUCUAGACAGUAAGCUAGAGUGUUAUGGAUUUGGCCAAUGAAAUCCUACUGAAUAUCUGGUAAGUGUAAUUCAUUGGGGAAAUGCACUAAUAAUAUUAGAAAAGUUAUAAACGUGUUUGACCAUAAACAUUUUAUAAUAAAUCAUUAAAAGAAGUGUCUUAUGUACCUGUAAAAGUAUUACGAUGAAGCAUAAUCACAAUCUGUAAGUAACAAUAUGUUACACAUGAAGAAACUAUGAGGGAGAGUCAGUGAAUGGGCCAUAAAUGGAUAUAAAACAUAAAACGUGAUAUUCAGAUCUUGAAAAAAUAUUUAUUUCUCAACAUAUCCUCCACAAACAUUGUCCCAUCACUUUACCACUAUGUCAAAACUCUCAGCAUAUAUGUCUUUUGACUGUUGUCUCAGGUCCUUCCAUACCUCCAUUUCAACCUCUUCAUCAUCAUCAUCACAACAUUUGCCACCAAAGGUGGUAUUUAGCAGACCAAAGGGAUGAAACUCACUAGGGACAAAGUCCAGGCUGUAAAGCGGAUGUUAAAGAAGUCCCCACUUUAGUGUUUGAAUUCUUUUCUGGGUUGCUUGGGCUGUAUGGGUUCUGGCAUUGCCAUGAAGAAGCAGUACCCCUCUUGCUAGUUGGCUUGGACAUUUGCUGUGAAUUGCACCCUGAUGCUUAAACAGAACUUCACAGUACGAUGCAGAAUUCACAUUUUCACCACCGUUUUGAAAAUGGGCUAACAGUGACAGUAAGCAUAACCUUCACAGCUGAUGAUGUAACUUCAGAUUUUUUGGUUGAAGAUGAACUGGAUGUUUCCAUUGCACUGAAGCACACUUUGAUUUGGGUUGGUAGUAAUACACCCAUGAUUCGUCCCCAGAGACAGUCCUGUUAAGCAUAUCUUCUCCAUCAGCAUACUUUAAGAGGUGUUGCAAGCACAGGUCAAUUCGGUUAGUUUUUUCUCGAUCCUUCAGUUCUCUGGUCUCCCACCAUGUGCACACUUUCCAGAACUUCAAAUGAUCAUGCAUUAUAUUAAACCACGGGUACACCCUAGUGCAGUUGCAUGCUAUUAUUAUCCUCCUGUCAGCUUAAAUCAAUUCUUCCAUCCAUGCUGCACAGUUACUCUGUUACAGUCACAACAGGGCGGCCUGCAACUUUGAAAUGCCCUUGAGAGAAUUUCUUGAUUCAGUUAUGAUCCACACAGACACUUCCCACCAUAAACAGGAAACAUUUAAUUAGAAUAUCCUUUGCACUGAGUCCUUUUGCCCACAAGAAAAGCGCACAACAGAACACUGCUCUUCAGUAGCAUACAUCUCAAGCAUGAUCACCAUUUUGACCACUAAAACCAGCCUCUGAACAUGCAUAUGCAUGUUUUACUUCCAUUUGUGACCUAUUUACUGACUCUCCCUCAGAUAAUGAAUUUAUAAUUUCACUUCACUCUAUAUUUUAAACGUACAUAGAAUAUUAAAAUAUUAGAUUGUAUACUGUAAUUUAUAAAAUGUAAAGACUGGUCACAUAACCUUAUUAACAAACCCAGUGAGUUGCUGUAAUAUAGGCAUUAAAUUAUCUCUAAAUUUACUGCAUGACUCCACUACCUUAUCCUUUAAUAAUGUCAUCACAUGAUAUCCUAACUGCUUCAUGACAUCUCAGUACCAUUUCAUUUAUCCUGACAUCAGUGUCUGAAUACUAAAAUAUCUCUUCUGUGUA